AUGAAGGGGACACAGUUAGCUAUAGCAUGUCUCUUCAACUUGCUUGCGCCGUCGAAUGCGCAGCCGGCUCCGAAUGCUGGUCCAGUCAACGUACCCGAGCAGAGGAGCGACGGUUCGCCAACACUUGCGCAUUCAGUUGUGACCGAGACAACAUUUGUUGAAACUUCAAUCACAGCAAAAAGAACCUCUCGGUCUUCCACUCCUAUCACACAAACCACUACACUCUCCAUAAUACCGACGUGGACCUCAAACACGAUCCGCUCCGAUUUUACCUCCUCCGACUCUACCGCAACCACAAUACCUAGUGUAGAAGCGGUAUCAAAUGCCUCUCCCGCCGAAUCACCACAAGCGCCAACAUCUGGGAAUGGAGGAGAUGUCAGCCACAGAAAUCUUAUCAUUGUGUUGUCCACAGUGUUGGGCUCUCUAACUUUGAUACUGAUAUCACUUGGAACCUGCCUCGUCGUCAGAUAUCGAAAGAGUAAAUCACCAUUCUCUCACCGUGGAGCUUCGCCAAUCGACGAUGAAGAGAUUGCUUCAUGGCGUUCUCCGAGCUACGAGCACAAGCAACCAAUCCUUCCAGCAUACCCAGAACCCGUCCAAUAUGCUAGCACCAUUGGUGUAGCACAUCAUCAUGGCUGGUCGUGGGACUCCGAAUCCCCCAGACAACAACAAACAUCUCCAAAGCACGCCCAUAAGGUUUCGAACUCACCCUCCACAAUCAUCCCCGAGUCUCCAACCUCAAUGGCGCGAGCACCAAAUUCUCGAACAGGUUUAACCGAUGAAACCAAACCAGGAGCCGAACCAUAUGUUGCGACUAUCAAGCACCAGAGUUCCAGGUUGUCAAAAGCACCAAGUCAUAUGCGUUCUAAAUCCCGCCGAAGCAGUAUCAGCGCAAAGAGUGUCUGGUCAAACCAUGGCCAUAGCACUUCCAACAUCAACCUCGACUUCAAACCCAAAGAACGCCAGGGUUCAUACCAGCUCUGGUAUGAUCCAGAGGAUGACAGUGUUGGACGAGAACUACGGAACUUUGACCGCAGCAACCAUACCAAUUCACCGGGUACGUCGGUAUUCGAUGACACUUCGGCUGGUGGAUUGAGUCCAAGACCAGCUAGCCGCCCAAGAUUUUGGGAAAGCCAGGCAGAAGACAAAGAAAUCGGAAGAGCUAUUGCAUAG